AUGGCCAAAUUAGUACACAACGUCCAAAAGAAGCAACAUAGAGAGCGUUCCCAGACUCUGGACAGAGCCAAAUAUGGUCUCUUGGAGAAGAAGAAGGAUUACCGUUUGAGAGCAGCUGAUUACCAUAAGAAGCAGGCUGCUUUAAGGGCUCUCAGGCAGAAGGCUGCCCAGUAUAACCCAGAUGAAUACUACCAUGCGAUGACCAAGAAGAAAACCGAUGAAGAUGGUAUUCUUAUCACGGAUAGAGGCAAUGAAGCGCUUUCAAACCAACAGGUUAAACUUUACAAGUCGCAAGAUCUGAAUUACGUUAGAACGAUGAGGUUAAAUGAAACCCAAAAGAUCGACAAGCUUAAGAAUAAGCUUGGGUUUAAGGCUGAGGGUAAGCAUACUGUUUUCGUUGACAAUGAAGACGAUGUUGGUCUGUUCAAGGCUGCCGAUUUUUUCAACACUGACGAAAGCAUGCUCGAGAGGAAAGAAAAUAGACUUCGUAUGAACCAGUUGGAGUCGAGUCAAAAGAUCGUUGACGAUUUGGACUUUGAUGAUAAGGAAACGAUAGAUAAACAGAAGCUUGCGGACUAUAAGCUUUUAAAGGAGAGAAUGGAGAGGGAACAACAACUUAAGCAAGUCGAAGACAAACUAGAAACGACCAAGGAGUUGAUGAAGAAAGGUGGAAAGAAGAAGAUGUUUGAUGAUGAUGGUAAUGUCCACUUUAAAUGGACAAACGAGAGGAAGCGUUAA